CAGAUAACACAUGCAGGGCACGCACCCGGAUUAAUGUGCUACCACGUGUUUUCUGUGGGGAAAUUAGUACCAUGUGCUGUCAGCGGCCUGUUCAAACCUGCAGCGAGACGGCGGAGGCCAAGUGUUGCCAUAGAGUAAGAAGAAUGGCUGCACUGAACUGGAAACCAUUUGUUUAUGGCGGCUUAGCAUCAAUCACUGCAGAAUGUGGUACUUUCCCAAUUGAUCUGACCAAAACCCGUCUCCAGGUUCAAGGUCAAACUAAUGACGCCAAAUUUAAAGAGAUUCGUUACAGAGGAAUGGUGCAUGCACUAGUGAGGAUAUGGAGAGAAGAAGGGUUGAAAGCACUGUAUUCUGGGAUUGCCCCUGCAAUGUUACGCCAGGCAUCAUAUGGAACAAUAAAAAUAGGCACUUACCAAAGCUUGAAGAGAAUGUUUGUUGAGCAACCUGAAGAUGAAACCUUGGUGAUAAAUGUAUUAUGUGGCAUUCUUUCCGGGGUGAUUUCAUCAUCUAUUGCCAACCCUACAGAUGUUUUGAAGAUCAGAAUGCAGGCCCAAGGCAGUAUGAUUCAAGGAGGAAUGAUGGGCAAUUUUAUGCGCAUUUACCAAAAAGAAGGCACUAGAGGACUAUGGAAAGGAGUGUCCCUCACAGCUCAGAGAGCGGCUAUUGUUGUGGGAGUGGAGCUGCCGGUCUAUGAUCUCACCAAGAAACACAUAAUUAUGUCUGGACUGAUGGGAGACACUGUGUAUACUCACUUCCUUUCAAGCUUUACCUGUGGAUUAGCUGGAGCACUUGCAUCAAAUCCAGUUGAUGUUGUGAGGACACGGAUGAUGAAUCAGAGAAGAUUUCAAGAUGGGACACAUUCAGGGUAUAAGGGUACUUUGGAUUGCUUGUUACAGACAUGGCGGUAUGAAGGCUUUUUUGCUUUAUAUAAAGGAUUCUGGCCAAACUGGUUGAGACUUGGUCCUUGGAAUAUUAUUUUCUUUUUGACGUAUGAACAGCUGAAGAAAUUGGACUUCUGAAAGAUGCUAAUUGUUAAAUUAGUAAACUGUGCUGACAUGGUAUCUGAAAUCAAAGCCUCUUUUAAAAAAAUGUUCUUCAGUGUUUUCUCAUCAGAAAAAGGUCAUCAGAAAAACAUUGUAAAUCAAGACCACACACAAAAUGUCAAAUGUGGAUGCUUAACUGAUCUGCCAAACACUGUGCACCAAUUACUGAAGUGGAACCUAAAGUUGGCAAAACUCCUAUCAUCUGUUUAAAUGCUAUUGGACAUAAUGUAUGAUAUAACCCCAAAGGUUUUUCUGCUGAAAUGUACAUCUGGAUGAGUUCUUAAUAGGAAAAGAGCUACAACGUUUGUCUAGAGGUAAGUAGGUAAUGGAAGAGCCUCACUCUUGUCCAUGUUCAUAAAACGUAAUGUAUUAAUGUCAUAAAUAUUUUAUUACAUUCUGACAUUUUCAGCGCAUUGGAGUUCAAAUGUAUGAUGCUGAAAAUGUUGUUCCCAGUGAUACUCAGUCUUUGUAAAAAUAUUUGUUAAAAGAACUUCUGGAUUCAGAGCACAUUUCUGUUGCUUUUUUAUCAUUUAAAUGUAUAUGUAACUUAUAUUAGGAGCAAGGGAGCUGCAACUUAACAUAACUUGUAAUGUCACCAUUUUGCAUGAUUGAGAAGUCUGUCAUUUAAGACACCUUUUUCUUGUUCAAUAGAACUCUAAUGUGGUUCACCAAGAAAUAUCUGUGGACUUUUUAAAAAAAUUAAUAGAGCAUUCACUCCCAUUUUCCUUUUGUGUGUAAGGGAAUUAAUUUUUUAGUACUUGUUUGGCUCUUAUGAAGAGCUUUAAGCAAUUACUGGCUAUCACGUCUGAAAGAUGCGUGCCACGUAUUGCAGCAGUUGAACCACUGAGACCUCAAGAAAAGCAGACGCUUGCAUACAUCCCAAAGAUGUAUUACUACCUUCCUAAACAAGAAUUAUAGUAGAAUUGUGCUCAUCCCUGUUGUUUUCUUUCAGAAAAAUGAGUCAGUCAAGGUUACUUAAAUACUACUUUUUUAAAGAGCAGUGAGCGUUGAUGACUCUGCAGGAUUUACUUUUGAGUUGUGCAACAAAACAUGUUGCCAUAAAUUGAAGAACUAAUAUCAUGAUUAUUAUAUGGAUGCAAUUUAUUCAGUUAUAAAAGCAUGGGGAAUGUGUGGUGUCUAAGUGAAGAAUGCUUAUUAUGCAUCACUGCACUUUGCCAUGUAAGGUCAUUACAGUGUACAGUUGUGCUGUAUGGUGAUUUCAUCUAGAUACAUUCAUUAUCAAUAUCUGCAUAUUCAUACAUUCCACUUAAAACAAUUCAUGUUCUAUUGUGAAUUUCACUCUUAGCAUUUCAGUGUUUAAAUGGCUAAUUUCAAGAUGCACAAAGUAGGUAUUUUUAAAUGCACAAGGCACUUUUCUUCUGAAAAUAUCAAGAGUUAAGGUAAAAGCAUAACUUUUCAAAUGCUUUGAAUGUUUAAGGUAAAAAUUAUGUUGCAUAAUUAUGCUCAGAGAAUGCUGUCUGUGUUACUGCAAUUCUUAAGCUUUUGUGUAGAAAUGGUUGUAAAAUAUUUUUGUACAGAAUGUAAACCAAAAUUACGGAUGUAUAACAAACUUUUAGAACGAGUAAUAUGCAUUGCCCCAAAUAGAGGGACACUUGCUUACAAAUAGAACCUAAGGAUUGUUCUGAGGCAUUUGGUGGAGUGUACUUGGGAUGGGUCAGUAAAGGAGAAUUUUUGCUGAUAAUGCAAACUGUGUAUUGUAGUUCAUCAUUAUUUAGCUACAUUAAAAUUAGGUUACUGUAUCUAGAAAAAAAUAUUUCAGAUGGCCUCAAUGGGCUAAUAGUAACAAAAAUCACAUGGGAAGGUCAGACAAGCUAAUUCACUUCCAAUUUCACAGGCCUGCAGACCAAAGGGCUUCAUGAUAGAAAGGUCAGACUGUCCUCUGGAUGUUGAGAACUUAACACCAGAGUCUUUUAUCCUAAUUGGAAUGACUUUGUUUGGAAAGGGUUGCUGUGGGGAAAAAUGAUAAUCCUGACAGCAACUGUGAGUGUUUAGAAGCUUUCCUAGUUCUUCAUGUCCCUCUUGUCCCAGUGUCCUUGAUAGAGAAGAAUUAUUGUUUCCCAACCUCUUCUAAACCAUAAAUCUGUUACAAUAGAAAAGUGUUUGGAUCACCUUCCCAUCUAACUAUAAACAAAAGGAAAGGUGUUUGCAGUUUCCCAAAGUAAGAACCCAUCCCACAGAUACUGAAAACACUGGCCCACAAUCGUAAAUGCCAUGAAGACCUCAAAAUAGACUUGUCCAGUAACACCAGGACUCUUAAGCUACGUUUCUUAAGGAAAAGUCUGUGGAAAAUUUUAAGCUAAGUUAAAUGUUUGAAUUUAUCAGUUGUAAUUGUACUUACAUCUACAUACGAAUAGUAUGAGGUUCUUGCGGAGAUGCUCUAUUUUGUGCUAAGACUGUAAUGUUCAGUGCUUCCUAAUAUGCAGAAUAGGAAGGCUACCCCAAUCCACUGUACCAGAAAGCUGAAUUUGUGGGCAGAGUGUAUGCAAGUCUGUUACGACAUUUGCAGUAAUAUUCACCACCUGCCAAAUGACACUACUAACCAUUCAUGCUGCAACUUGUAACACUGAAAGGGAUAUGCAAAUAUUAAGACAAUCCAAGUAAUUCUUUUUAUGCCAAAUAUCAUUUAAUGAGACGGAGACUCAUAGAAUUGCAUAGCUUUGUUUUUCAUGCUAGGUCAUAUCUCUGUGUUCUGACAUAUUGAACAUUAGCUUUGUUCAACCCAAUUUGUUACUGCUGCGCAUACAUUUAUUGUGCUAAUAAAAUUAUUUAUUCAUGUAGAAUGUUACAGGAAAUUGUUUUUAUGCUUUGAGUUACUGUUGUUCACAUGCCUUAUCUGCAUGGGAAAAUGUCAUAUCUCAGCAUAAUAAAUACAUGUGGGGAGACUGUAAAAUGUUUUGGCCUGUACAGAUCUAAAAUAAAUUUUUACUUGAAGUCA